AUGAGUGAAAUAAAAGAAAUAACACAGUCUGUGCUGCAGUCUUUCCAGAAACAACUCGUUGAAACAAAAGCCAGGAAUGAACAGCUUUUGCUUGAAAAUAUAAACCUCAAGAAAGAUUUGGAAAUAAGACCAACUGCACAGGAAUUAAAACUUUACAAACACCAAGUGAAGAAACUAGAAAAAACUUUAAAGAAAACUAUCCAAUCUUCAGGGGGUAGUGCCGGAGAAAGAACAGAAGAAAAGAAGGAACCCGAGAGUAUCGCAGGAGUAGAUCAGCUGGAGGCAGUUUGCCAGCAAUACUUACGGGUUUUGUCCCAUAUUGAUUCUAUUUUGCGAAGUCCAAGAGCUCCUCCGUUAAUAUACAGGCGCAGUAAAGGGCCGGUGCAAAAUUGUAUUAAAGAGAAUGGACAGGAAUGCGGAUUUGAGCACCUGCCGCUCACUGUGGAAAUGUGGGCAGAUCAGCUAAUGGCCCUGAAGGAUUUGCAUAGGUCCUUGAGAAAACUGUCUCUGGAAUUGGUGCCCUGGCACACUGCAGAUCCACAGGAUAACAGAGAAUCCGUACGAGUUGAAGACCUCCAGUUCAUAGUAGAUGCAAUUUUGGAAGAAAUAGAAAAUAAGGAAAAGAACAGCCAGACACCGCCCUUACCAACCCUGUUUGCGAUAGUCUCUCACUUCCAGAAGUUGUUUGACGUGAAUUCUCUGAAUGGCGUUUAUCCACGAAUGAAUGAGGUUUACACAAAGCUUGGGGAAAUGACCAACGCUAUGAGAAAUCUCCACGAGCUCCUGGAACUAGACAGUUCAGCUCCACCCACCGUGGUAGUGGAUACUGUUGGGAAACUGUGUGACAUAAUUAACGAGAACGUGACUGAGCAGGUACAGCAGCUUCUGGGGACCCAAGACAUCCACAGUAUAAUCGAUAAGCUAGAAGAACACGAGUGCUUCUUUCCACCAUUUCAAGCUCUCAUUCAAGACUUGCUCUGUCUUCUAGAGAUCAGGAACCCGGAUGAUAUUUUACCUACUGUGCGAAAUUUGAAAUUGGUAGCUAGUUGAGAGUUAAAUCUUGCUAGAGAAGACUGGAGUAUUUUACCUGUGAACGUACCUGUUGAUGCAUGUGACAUUACAGCUACCUCUAGCCUCUGUUCCCCUAAUCAAGAGUUUCGGAUUUAUGUCAAA